UAGAUGCAGGCAGCUCACUGGGCACAACUGGUUCUUCACUUAAUAGUACAGUGCAGAGUAAAAAUAUGAGGACAAGAGCCAACUUAAUCUCCAAAUUCCCACCUGCUUUUCUUUCUGAAUGUGUUCUAGAUAUGGCUACUUGUGGCAGCGUACUGUCUGAGGAGCAGCUUCUUUGCCCCAUCUGUCUAGAUUUAUUAAACCAACCGGUCUCCACUCCCUGUGGACACAACUUCUGCAAGGACUGCAUACAAGGAUACUGGCAGACCUCUAAUGUUUCUCAGUGUCCCAUGUGCAAGCAAAAAUUCUACAGGAGGCCAGAGCUCAAAGUUAACACCUUUAUAUCCGACCUGGCAUCCCGGUUCAGAAAAUCCGUGAAGAAAGAUAACGUUGAAAACAGUACAGUGGAUCGAUCCUCUUCCCAUCAAGGACAGGUUUUGUGUGAUGUCUGCAUUGGGAAAAGAGUCAGAGCUCUUAAAUCAUGUUUGGAUUGCCUGGCUUCUUACUGUGAGACUCACCUGGAGCCCCAUAAUGUUCUAAGCACUUUCAAGAAGCACAAACUGAUCAAUCCUAUGAUGAACAUGCGAGACAGAGUGUGUAAGAAGCAUGAGAAGCUCCUGGAUCUGGUUUGCAACACUGACAAGACAUAUAUAUGCCACAUCUGUGUCAAAGAAGACCACAAGGCUCAUCACACUGUUCCAAUAGAGGAUGAAAGUCAAAACAGGAGAGCUCAAAUUGGAAGGAUAAAUGCAGAAGUGGAAAAAAUGAUCCAGGACCGAGAGCAGAAAAUCAACAAAAUCAAAGAAGCUGCUCGUCUCAGCAGAAGAAACACAGAAAAAGAGACCGAGGAGAGUUUGCAAGUCUUCACCAGGCUGCUCCAGUUAGUCCAGAACGGUCACUCUGAGGUGGCAGAGAUGAUAGAUGCAAAACAGAGGGAAGCUGAAAGAACAGCCAGCGGACUCAUCCUGGAGCUGGAACAAGAAAUUAAUGAACUGAGGAGGAGAAGCACCGAACUGGAACACCUCUCACAAACUGAAGACAACCUCUACCUUCUCCAGAGUUUUCCUGCAUACUCCAAAAUCCCAGCCACUAAAGACUGGUCCGACACGGUUUUAGAGAGCGCCGUAUAUGUGGGUGUAGUGAGGAGAGGAGUCAGGAGAGUGGCGUGUCAAAUGGAGGAGGCUGUAAAAUCUGAGGUGAAGAGACUGUGUGAGACAGAAUUUCAGAGGGCUCAGCAGUCUGCAGUGAAUGUGACUCUGGACCCGGACACAGCUCAUCCUAAACUGGUGCUGUCUGAGAACAACAAACAAGUGUAUCAUGGAGAUCUAGCACUGAAUGUCCCCGACAAACCGGAGAGGUUCUACCCUGGCGUUAGCGUCUUGGGGAAGGAGGGUUUCUCAUGCGGCAGGUUGUACUUUGAGGUUCAGGUGAAAGGGAAGACAGAGUGGGAUAUCGGUGUUGGACUGGAAUCUGUGAACAGAAAAGGAAGCAGUGUACUGAAUCCUGAAAAUGGCUACUGGACACUGGGGAUGAGGAAUGACAAAAGCUACUGGGCCCUCAGUAACACUCCUGUGCUUGUCCCACUGGUGGAAAAGCCCCAGAGAGUCGGGGUAUAUGUGGAUCUGGAAUGGGGGCAGGUUUCGUUUUACAAUGUGGACUCUGCUUCUCAUAUCUACUCAUUCACUGGAUACACAUUCAAUGACAGACUGUUUCCGUACUUCAACCCACGGCGUAACCAUGGUGGAGUCAACUCUGCACCUCUAAUAAUCUCAAGUGUUAAUGUCUAA